AUGACCAACCCUACCAAUUCAAUCAUUGCGACUGGAGUCGACCUCGGGUCCUCAGAAUUCCGGAUGACAUACUCGGACGACGGCCAAGCCAAGGAAAUCUCCAUGCCUGCUGUCGCUGGUUCUGACGGGAAGAAUCUCAUUGUUGGCAAGGAAGCUUUACAGCAAGCCGCAAUCAUCCCCGACCACUUUGUUGUCAAUCCCAAGCAAUUGGAAUUCACCGCGUCGGAAAAUGAAUUGAUGAACAACAAGCACAAGCUUCCGUAUAAGCUUGUGGUUGGCAAAGAUGAACGCUUGAGAGUUGAUUUACCUUGUAACGGGAAAGUGAUCUCCUAUUACCCUGGCGGAUUUAUUGGCCUGAUCUUGCGUGAGAUGAAGAAAGAGUCGCAGGGUCCCCUGGGCAAGAAAACGCCUAUCACUGAUGCUGUGAUUUCUGUACCUGACUAUGCGACGGAAUUACAGAAGAACCAUGUACACUGCAGUGGUAUGCUGGCUGGCUUUAACACGAAGGUGAUGGAAGAACUGGUGCUUGCCGUCACCUACCACGGGUUGGAUGAGGACGACGCUGUGAAGAACACAGCUGUGGUCCACCUCGGUCAAACGUUGACUGCGUCCAUUGUGCUGAAGAACGAAGGCGAGCUCAUCAUUGCGGACUGCUUCCACGAAGAUAACGCCUGUGCCAAUUUGAUCCACAAGGAUUUUGUGAAGCGCCACGCCCCCGAAUUGAACGAGUUGUACGGGGUCAACAUCCUUGAGUACGACAAGCCGAAUUACAUCGCUCCUGAUGCGAAAUCUGUGAUGGAUGACAAGAAACGCAAGGAGUAUUUGGUGGACAAGUCUUUCCCGGAUUCCAACAUGGUCCGCCGGAAGCACCAGCUUCGCCGGUUGAUUUUUAAUGGCGUCAACGGGGCGCUUCCAUUGUUGGUGGAAGGCAAGACCGCCACGAUCGAGGUGAAUUUUGAGGACAAAGUCUUUUCCCAAACUAUUCUGAGAGAAUACUACAAAAAGUUCCGCAAAGUGAUCGUCAAUCAAGUGAACAAGUUGUUCAAAGACACGGUUCCGGCCCGUAAGUUCUUGAAGCUGGACACUGACGCCCUCGUGCUCUUGGGGGGUUUGGCUCACGACCGCAAGUUAGUGGAUAUGGUUGGGGAUUCCCUCAAUGCUAUCCGCAAAAAGAUGCCGCCGACGGAUUUCCCGGAGAAGGUUGUGAUGAAGGGCGCUUAUGCGCUUGCUGACGCCAUCACAGAGGGGGGCAGAAUCAGCAUCCCCAGACCGACUACUGCGCGUAGACGUAAACCUGACUCUUCCUCCCCUGUUGUGAGAGUUAAGAGAGAACUUCCCACUAAUGAGGAAUUGUGCUUUAUUAAACGGAAGCGGUUUGUCCGUACUGCACUUGUAGUCAAAAAAAGAAGUGGUUAUUAG